AUGGCGAUUGCUAGCCUCUUCAAGAUGAAGGCUCUCUUCGCCUUUGUGGUGCUUGCUGGCCUCAUUGUCAACGUUAACAAUGUUGCUGCGCGCGAGCACCACGUUGCGCACAACCUCGCAGUGCAUCACCACCAGAACAUGGCGCGUCGCAUCAACCACACGAGCCUGGCUGAGAAGUGGAACCACCCGUCGAGCUCGUCGUCUGGCCACAAGAGCAGCUCCUCGCACGCGUCGAAGAGCUCUCCGCACGCGUCGCACGCGUCGGACAGCGCGUCAAAGAGCGCGUCGAAGUCCGGCUCCAAGUCUGGCUCCAAGUCCGGCUCCAAGUCGAAGAGUUCGAGCUCUAGCGCGAGCGCUAGCCAGACUGGCGGUUCGGGCAGCGGCAGCGACGAGUUCCUUGUCGUGCGCACUAACGAGGGUCAGGUCCGCGGUCGUCUGAACGAGACCUCGGGCGCCUACCAGUGGCUCGGUGUGCCUUUUGGUGCCGACACGGCCGGCUCCAACCGUUUCCGUCCUCCGCAGCCCGCGCCCAAGUGGGAUGGUAUCCGUGACGCUACGCACUACGGCUGGAGCUGCCCUCAGCACGGUAGCCCUGAGUCGGUGACCGCUGUGCAGAUCUUUGGUCUUAGCCCCGACGUGUUCAAGAACGACACGCAGAGCGAGGACUGCUUGAACAUGAACAUUUACGUGGGUAAGAACUUCUGGGAGAACUACAAGAAGUCGAACGGCACGCACAAGGCUCCUGUCUGGCUGAACUUCUAUGGUGGCUCCUAUGAGUGGGGUUCGAACCGUAUCGAGAUGUACCGCGGUGACACGCUCGUCAGCAAGGACGAUGUGAUUUCCGUCAGCGCCAACUUCCGUAACUGGAUCUUUGGUUACCCCCUGUCGCCCCAACUGCAUCCCGACCAGCACGACGGUAAGGGCGAGUACACCGGUGGUAACCCCGGUCUGAAGGACAUCGACUACGCCAUCGAGUGGGUACACAAGAACAUUGCGCACUUUGGUGGUGACCCGGAUAAGAUCACGAUCGGUGGUACGAGCACCGGUGCCUGCUCGGUGGACAACUGGGCUUUCGCACACCACAACAAGCCUUCGGCCAAGCUGGUCAACGGUCUGAUCCUUCAGAGUGGUUCGAUGACGUCGCUCGGUCGCUAUUUCCUGGCGAACAGCAGCGACACCUUCCAGGGACACAACAGCUCCUGGAACCUAGUUGCCCAGGAGGUCGGCUGUGGUACCUCGAAUGACCACAAGCAGUUCCGCUGCAUGCAACAGAAGCCUUGGAGUGCCCUGAUGCAGGCCUCUUUCACGAAGAACGCCAAGUUCACGUUGGCUGUUGACCAUGUGACGACCUUUGACAACUACUACGAACGUCUGGAGAACAAGCAGUUCGUCGAUAUCCCCAUGCUCAUCGGCAAUAACAAGGAUGAGGGUAAUGCUUUCCUGAUCCACACUGCCAACCUUGCGCCGUUCGUGGGCCCCAUUAUCACCGCUGAGGUGUGGGUGUGCCCGGCCGGUGUCCAGGCCGACCUCCGCCACGGUGUGGCUCCGACUUGGCGCUACCGCUUCGGCCCGUCGUUCUAUAUCCCUGACACGCCGGACAAGUACAAGGAGCUGCUCACCUACCACGGUAGCGACACGCCGUACGCGUGGGGCACCUGGAAGCAGCUGCACUUUAUCGAGUCGGGUGCCUCGGCGAGCGACCCUGGUCCCAUCGCCAACCUGCCGCCGACGACGGACAACAACUACAUCCGUGGUAAGGUUGCUCAGGCCUACCGCGAGGCGAACGUCGAGUUCGUCAAGGACCCCCAGAACGGUCUGCGCCACUUCCGCGGCGGAUGGCCCGAGUACACCAAGGGCUCCAAGAGCAUUGGUGACUUUGGCCGCAACAACGACCCGCACCACCCCUUCCAGCUCGCUAGCAGCUGGGACACGGACUUGCUCUGUGGUUUGACCAACGCGCAGGUUAACCAAAACAACAUGAAAUACAAGCCCGGCUUCGACAGGGUCCGCUCGUACCUUGUCUAA